GUUGUGUUUCCUGCUUACGCCAUUCAAAAGUUGCCAAAUUUUAUUCUUCUUCCACAGUCGGUGAAUCUUAAACAUGUCAAUCUUUGGAACCAGAGCGAUCACCACCACCACCACCAACAUCAUGGGUUCCCCUUCCUUCCGUGAGUUCAAGAAGCAAGCUUCUUUCUUUCUCAAAGAGAAGAUCAAAACGGCACGGUUGGCUUUGACUGAUGUUACUCCUGCACAACUUUUGACAGAAGAAGCCACAAAUGAGAAUCCAUGGUCUCCUGACACACGAACUAUGGGUUUGAUAUCGAGGGCUGCUUUCGAAAUCGAUGAUUAUUGGAGAAUUGUGGAUAUUCUGCACAACAGGUUGUCUAGAUUUGACAGAAAUAAUUGGAGAAUCGCUCACAAAGCUUUGAUCUUACUGGAACACCUUCUGACCCACGGACCGGAAAGUGUUGCAGAGGAGUUUGAGACUGACAAGGAUAUUAUUCGGGAGAUGGAGAGCUUCCAAUACAUAGACGAGAGAGGAUUCAACUGGGGCCUCACUGUCAGGAACAAAUCCGAGAGGGUAUUAAGGCUUCUGGAAAAGGGUUCACUUCUGAAAGAAGAGAGGAACCGAGCUCGCAAGCUAACUCGUGGAAUUGAAGGGUUUGGAAGCUUCAGCCAUCGCUCUUCCUCAACUGAAGCAACAACCUUCAGAGACUCAUCCUUGAAAACGUAUGAGAGGAGUUAUUCACAGUUUAACGAUCAUGGGGACAAUAAUCGAUUCUCCUUGGAUUGGUCUGAAGAAGUUCAGAGUGAGAUGAUAAAGAAGCAGCUUGACACUAGCAUCGAUCUUGAAGAAAAUAAGGAUCCAACAGAGGAAGUUACUCCAGAACUUGAAAGAUGGGACUGCAAACGGGAGUCAAUACCUCUUUUGGAUGAUCAGAAAGAUGAGAUCAAGGUGGGAUUUUCCAUUGAAGAAGAUCAUCCAUUCAUCAAUUCUAAACUACAAACUUCCAGAAACAAAAUCUUGCUGGGAAGUUGAGCUUUACUAGCUAGAGCGUCUGAAACUAGUCCAAGUGGGAUAGACACCUUGUCUGCGGGUUACACUUUACAGUAGAUUCAUGGGUUUAAAUCUAUGAGUUUCUUUAUGUUGUGUGUUUAUGAGAAAGAAGAGAUGAUGUAUGUAUUAAAGUUGUACAUUUGAUUACGAGAAGUGGACGAGCAGGAAUUCUGUUUUGUGUGC